AUGCCAAUCAGUACCUAUCUACGCCCUCGUAUAGCAGCUGUUGAAACUGGCGUCGUUGAAUUAAAUCUGUUUCGAACUGGUAUUCAAGAUGACGCUAUUGUACGAAAUGAACGUCGAUCAACUAGACUAUUUUUAGCUCUUCUCAGUAUUUCAAUAGUCAUUCUCGGACUGUAUUACUCAGUUAUAGGGUAUAGAAAAACUAUUAUAAUUCCAUCCCCGUCAAUCAGCAAAUAUUCUAAUUUAUCAAAAGAAGUAUCAUUACAAUGUCCUUGUAAGAAUGCAUCAGUAAAAUAUGAAGAAUUUGUUCAUAUGAAACCUUUUUAUCAUGAAUUAUGUAAAAGUGAUUUUGUUUCUGAUCGAUAUAUUCGUCGACUCUAUAGUCUCUAUGAACAAACUGUGGAUAGUUCAAUUCCAACAGACGUUCAUCGAAUAGCAGUAUUUCAGUUUCAAACACUUCGUACACUUUGUCAAUUAGCACAAAAAACAACUGAUGAUAGUCUUAAAACAUUUUUACAAAAUGGAUUUGUUCAAACACACACCGUUGCUGAAGAAUUAUUUGAAAAUCAAAUUGCAUCAUUGAUAACAGAUUUUAUUAGUAGCACAUCAAAAACAUUUAUGAGAACACUGAAGUUUAUUCAAGAUGUUACAGCACAAAGUUUAUUUAUGACUGGUGCUUCAGUAACUAGUGUUAAACCCAGAACGCAGUCUCGAAUGGGUUUUUUCGAAAAUCUACCAUAUCCUGGAAUCAAGUAUACAUUUAAAGAUGGAUCUUCUUGUACAUGUUCAAGUUCUACUGCUAAUACCUGCAUGGGUUUGGCAACAUUGAAUAAUAAUGCUAUUCCUGGUUUUCAAACAGGUUGUUAUAUGCUAAGCGCACUUCUUCAUUCUACACUUGAAAUGUGCUACAAUCAAGUAUUUAUCGAUAUCUUAACUGACGCUUCGAAUAAAUAUCAAAAACUCGAUGGUUCAGAUUCAUAUUCCACAGUUGAAGUAUUACUUAGUCAAAUGUUCAUUACUCAUUGGUCACAUAACGCAUCUUUUGAAAGCUAUUUUAAUCAUUGUGCACCGACUCUAUGUCAAUAUACAGUAACUUCGACACACGAUUUCUGGUUUAUUAUCAUAACAUUGAUAGGGUUCUUUGGUGGAUUAUCAUUCGUGUUGAGAAUCGUUGCACCUUUGUUGAUUACAAAACUUUGGCCAUUUAUUUGGAAGUUAAUUACUAGACGACGAAGGCCAGCUGCACAAAUCGUAGAAAUAGACGUGAAUACAGGUAUCUAUCUAUAA